AUGCACAUGGAGGGGAGUGACAGCCACCAUCCUGCUCGGAUCAGCAUCUGCAUGGUUAUGGGGCAGGGAAUUGCCAGAGCUGCAGCUCAUGCACAGUCCCAGAUUACAGAGAAUAACAGCUACACCUGGGAAGAUUUAGGAAUGAGAAAGGUUCCUAUGACUAUUGUCACAACAAAGGUCCUCAAUUUCAGCUUCAAUAUGGUCCCUUCCCUCCAGAAUUACUUCUCUGACGUGAAUUCUCUUCUCUACUUGGACAUAACAAGGUGUGAGAUCAGCUGGGUGUAUGAUAGUGCCUUUCCCAGCAACAGGCAGCUGAAGACAGUCAUUCUGACCAGAAACCUGCUCAUGUUUCUUUCUGACACAGUAUUGGCCCACAUUCCCUGGAGCAUCUUAACACAGACAGGAAUAAUAAGUAUGUUCUUUAUUCCAAUGACAAAUCUUGGCAGGUUAGGUUAUCUUAUCUUGGGCAGCAGCCACAUCUCUUCACUGCAGCUUCCUCCCAACUUUCCCACGUGAAACCUCAAACUGCAUUUUCAAAUUAACAACAUACAGGCAAUCCACAACAUAGAGGCAAUCACAGCAGAAGAUGUCCAAGCUCCACAGACCAGCAGCAAUGUAACUCUCAUCCUUAAAGGCAAUUACACACAUUGAACCUGGAUCUUUUCACAUUUCUACAGUUUGGACUUUGUGGGCUGUGCUGACAUCCCUGGGGUCCUGGUGGGGAUACAGAACUCCACAACUCAGACCUUUUGGCUGGGAACAUUUAUGGAAAAACAGCCCUGCAUAAGCCCAGAUAUUUUACAAGGCUUCUGUAGUAUCUCUGUCAAGGAUCUCUAUCUGCAGUUAUGGCACCUCAGAAAUCUAAAUGCUGACACAUUUCAGAGCUUAACCAGGCUCCAAAAGCUGGACCUAAUCCAAACCCACAUCCAUGCACUGCCCCCUGACAUCAGUGGCAUGAGCUUGCUAGAGAGGAUGGUUCUCAAUGCAAACUGCUUUGAGCAGCUCUGCAACACCGGCUCUGCUGGCUUUCCCUCCCUCACCUGCCUCCACAUCAUGGGUAACUCACAGGUUCUGCAGCCUGGCUCUGGCUGUUUGGAGAAACUGGCAAAGCUUCAACAUCUAGAUUUAAGUCAGAGUCACUUGGAAAGUUCUGAGGCUAGCAAAGCGCUGAGAGCUUUGAGCAGACUUAGUUAACAGAAUCUGAGCCACAACACACAUCUCCAUCUCCAGGACAUGCUCAUUUAGGACAGUGCUAGCCUAGAGCUGCUGGACUUACCUUUCACUCCUCUCUAUAUCCACACCUUACAGAGCCCUUUCCAAAAUCUCCAUCUCUAGCAAGUGCUAGAGAUUAUCUCCUUGUCCCACAUUAAUACUAGCAUUCAGCAUAUCUAAGGCUUGAAAAACCUCAUAUUCUUGGACCUUAGUCAAAAUAACUUUGAUUUGGGGAUCAUGCCAAAGGACAAACUGUUCCAACAACUAUCCAACUUAGAGGUGCUAAUGUUACCAUCCUCUGAACUAACAUCAAUAGGUUAGCAAGUAUUUCACAACCUCAGGAAGUUACAGGAUGUUGAUCUGAAUUACAAAAAAUUUACUGCAUUCAGCACAGAUGCAUUUUCAAAUCUCAAGGGUAUCAAUCUCAGUUGUGUCCAUAACAGGAUGCACAUUGUACCAGGUGUUCAGCUAGUUCCCCUAGAUGGCCACUUUAAAAUCAAUUUAAGCUACGACCUUCUGGACUGCUCCUGCUCUGAGAUUGAUUUAAUCACUUAGUGCAAGCAACAUCUGGAUAAAAUUGAAGACUCUGAAGGAACAAGGUGCUCUGAACCCAAAUAUCUAGCUGUUCAGCUGGCCACCAUCUCACUGUCCUGUGGGAAGGACAUGUCAGGAAUCAUUGUAGUUGUCCUGGCUGUUUUAUCCUCUAGUGCCAUCUUCAUUUGGGGUGUUCACUAUUUAAAGCAAAAUUAGCAGCAACUGUAAGUCUAGGAUGGGGACAUAGAAGAUAUCUGCAGCAACUGUAUUAAGCUGAACGACACCUCACUGGUUUUAUUUGUGACAUGUAUUUUCUUGACUUUUGUAUUAUCCUCUUUACCUGUAUUAAAACAUUUAGAAAAAAUAAUGAAAAAAUUAGAAUAAAUAAAUAAUCUUAUAGAGAAGUCCCAGUUCAACUCAAUGGUAGCCCUGUUGUACCAAAACUGUGGGUAAUGUACUUGGAAAAUCUAAUAGCCAAAAAUACAAACUUCCUUCUCUUUAAAAAAAAGAAAACCUAACCACCACCACUCCCAAAAAGGGAGAAAAAAAACCAACCAAACAUCCCAACCAA